AUGGGUUUCACCGACUUCGUCUCUGAGGCUGGCCUCACCCUUGCCAACAACUACCUGGCUAGCAGGAGCUACAUCGUUGGCGAUGCUCCUUCCCAGGCCGAUGUUGUGACCUUCAAGGCCUUCUCUGGCGCCCCUGACGCUGAGAAGUACCCUCACGUUGCUCGCUGGUACAAGCACAUUGCUUCUUUCGAGCCUGAGUUCUCCAGCCUUCCCGGUGAUGCCUCCAAGGCCUACACUGCCUAUGGCCCCGAGAGCACCGAGCUGCCCACCAACCCCAAGGACAAGCCCGCUGCUGAGGACGACGACGACAUGGACCUCUUCGGCAGUGACGAGGAAGAGGAGGACCCUGAGGUUGUUGCCCAGCGUGAGGCUCGCCUUGCUGAGUACAAGAAGAAGAAGGAGGGCAAGGCUAAGCCUGCUGCCAAGUCCAUUGUGACUCUCGAGGUUAAGCCUUGGGAUGACGAGACCAACCUCGAUGAGCUCCUCGAGAAUGUCAAGGCCAUCGAGAUGGAUGGUCUUGUCUGGGGUGCCUACAAGUGGGUUCCUGUUGGUUUCGGUAUCAAGAAGCUCCAGAUCAACCUUGUCGUUGAGGACGAGAAGGUUUCUCUGGACGAGCUUCAGCAGCGGAUUGAGGAGGAUGAGGACCACGUCCAGUCCACCGAUGUCGUAAGUUUCAACCUUUGGUCUGACGGCAAGACAAUAGAUGCUGAUAUUACCUCACAGGCCGCUAUGCAGAAGCUGUAA